AUGAGGCUGGAAGCAUCUGCCUUCACGCCCCGCCGGGAUCAGCGCAAGGCCAUCAAUCGCUGGAACAAGUUUGUUCUGGGUCCAGAGUACAUGCGCAAAGCAGCCCGGCUGUGCCCCCGAUCACGCGAAGAGAAGAAGCACCGCAAAUGCAACUUUGACCUUCUUCCUGCGGUCCAUGAAGCGGAGUACAGCAACAUCCCGCGCCCCAUAGACCCAGCCACCAAGCGCCCAUUGGAACCGGCGCAUCGCUUCGAGGUCAACAUCGAAGGGGACUCCGCCUCCAAGGCGAAGUUCGACCUGUUUGUCAAGUACCAAACCACGAUCCACCGGGAGGAUGUGUCGCGCUGGAAGCAGAAAGACUUCCAGCGCUUCUUGUGUUCAGGCAUCAAGCGCUCCCAGCCAUCUUCUAGCACCAAUUCUACUGAGAAGAGACUGGGCUCGUGGCAUCAGUGCUAUCGAUUAGAUGGGAAACUCAUUGCAGUGGCAGUGCUAGAUUUGGUUCCUAGCGGUGUGAGCUCGGUCUAUGUCUUUUAUGACCCUGAAUAUGAGCAGUGGGAGUUUGGGAAGCUGAGUGCUUUGCGGGAGAUUGGGUUCGCCUUGGAGAAUGACUAUCCCUACUACUACAUGGGGUUCUACAUCCACUCCUGCCAGAAGAUGCGCUACAAAGCUUCCUUCCGCCCUCAAUACAUCCUCGACCCCGAAACCAAUACCUACGACCCGCUGGAUGGCGAACUCUCUCAGAAACUGGACAGCCGGCCCUAUGUCUCCCUCUCCAGAGACCGAUCCUCCACCUCCACUACAGACCCCAGUUCGGAACCGCAGCUCGACCCCGACGUCAACGAAGAGGAUCUCUCCCUCUUUAACAUCCACAUGCCCGGCGUGCUGACCCUCGAUCAAGUCAAAGCUCUAGACCUGGAUCAUUGGUACUUGGUGGUUCAUGGAUCAUUCGUGCAUAUGAAUGACCUCGUCGGCUGGGAACUAAUGGCCAUGGAUAACCCGCAGUCCGUGAAGGGGAUCAUUGCCGAGCUGGCUGCUGUUCUGGGACCGAAGCUUGUCAAGGAUAGCGCCGUGGUGCUAUUUGAUUAG